AUGGAUAAUAAUGGUACCAACAGGCUCCGGAUUGUCGUUGUCGGUGGCGGCAUCGCAGGUCUUGCUGCCGCCGCCGUCCUCCGCCAGCGCCACGACGUGACCAUCUAUGAACGCGAUUCUGCCUCCGCUCCCGAGCGGGGGGCCGGCAUCGGUCUUGGACCCAACGGAAGCAAGAUGCUCAAGAAGGCGUUCCAGUUCUGUCCGGAAGACGUCAAAGCCACCGUGUGCCCCGGGUCGAGAACAUACGACAAAGAGGGGAACCUGCUGCGGGAAAUCACGGGUGUUACGGAGCCGUUUGGCAGUGAGUGGCUGCUAAUGCACCGGGCGGAUCUGCGUGAUGUGCUCCUGAGGCUUGCGACGGGGGAUGCGGCGAAGCUGGGGAUUUCCGGACCGCCGGCGACGAUUGUGGAAGGGGUCGAGGUUACGGGAGUUGAUGUGGAGGCCGGGAAGGUAAUGUUGAAGGACGGGAAGGAAAUUGAUGCCGAUGUCAUUGUUGGAGCCGAUGGCAUUCACUCCUCCGUGCGGCAGGCCAUAAUGGGCGAGCCUGCACACUUCCUCUCGACGGGAGUCUCUCUCUACCGAUUCACUUUCCCGCUCGAAAAGGCUCAUGAGAUACUCAAGGAGUACCCGCCGGCGAUAGAUCCGUCAAACGGCGGGUUCUUCAACAUGAUGACGGUCAACGACGAGACGAACCGCAACGUUAUCUUUUAUCCCUGCCGGAACCUUACCACGCUCAACGUUAUCGCACGGAUUCCGGACUCCAUGCUUGCAGUCGAGAGCGUGACGUCCUGGAACGCGGAGGGGAGCUCAGAAGAGAUGCUCGACCACUUUUUCGACUUUGCGCCGUGGAUGCUGGAAAUCAUGAAACACGCCGAAGACGUCCACCUCUACAAGGUCAAAGACACAGCCCCCCUACCGACCUACACUCGGGGCCGCGCCGUGGUGGUCGGUGACGCGGCGCAUCCAAUGACACCGUUCCAGGGCCAGGGCGCAACGCAGGCCGUCGAGGACGCUGAGGGCCUGCGACUUCUCCUCCAUGAGAACGUCAAUGCCGACAACAUCAGCCACACGCUGCGGACGUGGGACUCUGUGCGGCGGCCGCGCGCGUCGCAGGUCCAGCUCAACUCGCGCCACGUCAUCGACAUGUCGGCGCAGGCGCAGCUGGACCGGAUGAGGCUAAAUUGGACGUACAGCGGUAUCCACGCGGCGUUGAGGAAUCGCUAG